AUGUCACAUGUGGACUAUGCAAAGCUGUACUUAGAGAACUAUAUGGCCAAGUUCACAAUGUUUGAUGAACACUGUGAUGCUUCUGCUGUGCUUAACUUGCUUGGUAGAGUUCCAGUGUUUUCUUCUGCUGCGAAGAGUGCUGCACAUGAUGUUCGGCAAGAUAGAAAUGCCUGGGCUCACUGUGCAUUCCAAGACUGGGAUCCUGCAAAGUUUCAGCAGUGUUUUCAAGACAUGAAAAGGUUGGUGAAUGCUCUGGGUCUGCCAGCUGAAGAUGAAACAAAACUCUUAGCAGAUCUCAACACCUGGGAGGCAACAGGUACUAACAGACAUAAUCUGAAUAAAAGCCUGCAAUAUCCAUGGGCACAUCCCUACUUGGCUUUUAUCCCUACUAGGCUUCAUUGUGGUGGGAAAAGUUUUUAGGAAAGCUUUAAGGAUCUUAGCUUUAGAUGGAAGGAAGUGUAGGUGGGUCCCGGGGGGGGGGACUCCCAUAUGAAACAGACGGGGAUGCUCGUCGGAAAUUUGGAAUUUGACUCCUAAAGGAGACCAUCUGGGCGUGGCUCAAGCUUUUUGUGACCCCUAAAGGAGACCAAUCCGGGCGUGGUUUAAGCAAAUUUUGACUCCUAAAAGAGACCGCUUAAAAACACACAAAUACAACAUGCAAUGAGUUUUAAUGAUAUAAAGACAUAAUCAUCGAAUGCUUUUAUCUAAAAGUAGUUUUAAAAGCAUUGUCACAGAGGUAAUGCGGUAAACAUUACAACUAAAAAGACAAUUUGACUUCUGUUUCUCUUCGCGUAAUUCUGUGUUUCUUCGCGGAACCCUAAACGAGACCUUGGCACCUUAAAAUAUUGGCGCUUUGCCCGGAACACCCUAAGCGAGACCAAAAUCCAAAAUUUACACCCGUAAGCGAGACGACGAGCAUCCCCGUCUGUUUCAUAUGGGAGUCCCCCUCGGGAGGUGGGUAGUGGAACAAGAUUUCGUGGGAAUUUUUGGGUCAACUUUACAUGUUUUUUUUUGCCCUUUUCUCCGGUCCUCUUCACUGAAUCAUGCUCAUUCUGCUAUGGUUUGAAAGAUCUUUUCCCCAUACACGAGUCAGAUGACAAAGUUUUCCUUGACCGUUAAAACUGAUGACGUCACAAGCUAUGGAAGGGGCGUGGAUCCGCACGGGCGGUUUAGGGGCGAAUGGAUUAAUGGGUCAUUUGUUUUUGUUUGUUUGUUUUUUUGGCUAAGGCGACAAGACAUCAGCUAUUUUAAGCAAACGAUAUUAUUAUCUUGCUAUCAAAGGCGCAAAAUAUUGUAACGCAACAGUCACUGGAAUAUCAACUCUUUCCAAGCAAAACGCAUACAGAAAGUCUGAAGCAAAGAGUACAGCACAAUUACAAGUCAACUUUAAACUCCUUUUAUCUACACAUGUAAACCAAAAUGUUCUGCCACUUUUCACUGUAUUCAAAUUGUUUGACAGGACAUACCUAAAUAACCCGUAGUAAACACAUAGUAAACUUCAGCAUCGGCGAAGGCGACGGCAGCAAAAAUGUCACUUUAGUCACUCAGGUUUUGAAAAUGAAACGAAAACUCGCCGUCGUGUGUUUGCGACCUCCAUAACACAUCGAAUAAGGAAAUUUCACGUCGUGGUCGUACAUUGACGGCAAAGAAAUGUACCAAAAACGUGUGCUGCACGUGCAGAAUUGUUGUUUUGCUAAUCUGACGUUGUCAUUGCCGUCGCCUUCGUCGUUGUCGACUUUCGCGCCGGUACGAAACCCAUACCCGAUAGCGGCUUCUAGCUAUUCACACAUAAGAACCGUGAUUUCGGCGCUAUUUCUGUAACGAAGCGAAGCUGCGCCGCGCCGAUCUCUUAAUACUAUUGUUUGUUGCAGUGUGAACAUCUGUUCGGCCCGUGGCAGAAAUACAUAAAUGGGAGCGAGGCCUGGAACCCACUGAGAGGGAAGUAAAUAUUCAGGAUGGAGGACUUGCAAUUUAGUGCAUCAAACCGUCUCGGCCAACCGCCCCGGCACGGUAUUCGAUGUGUGUGAACGACUUGUGCCGCCUCGGGUCGUUGCUGUUCACACUGUAUAGGAUAGCUUUUCGUGGCGACAGGAAGAGUUCUCCAGUAUAGUGUGAACACAGCCUAAAUCUGCAGUUUGAGUUAAAAUAAAGCUUGCCAAUGAAAACAAUGGUAGAUAUUACGUGCAGUAUAAUUCAGUGUUGAGAUAGUAAUGAAUCGUAAUGUAGUUAAACUUCUACUUUUUCUUGUUUGCCAAGGACCGUCACUUUGUAUGAAUCCUUCUGUGGUCGCAGUAUUAUUACAGAUGGUACAACAGCAUGUUCAUAAGCUGAUAGCUGAUGUCGACAAGAUGGUGUUUGCAGUGGAUUGCGACAGGGAGACAGUAAAGAAUGCACUGGAAGAUGUUGCUGGUGAUGUGAAGGAACUGGAAAAACGCGUUUCUGUUGUUGAGAAGGAAAAUAAAGGAUUAAAACGCAACAUGAAAAGCUUUCAAGAUGAGCAGAGAGCUAUGGGAGGAAAGUUCAAGUCUCUAAAGUCAGACCAUGAUUUUGUAAAACAACGAGUAACACAAGUGGAAGAGCAACUUAGAUCUUCUCUUCCUCAAGUCAGUUUUGGUAAAUACGAUUAUUCUUAUUAUCUUUCAAACUUUAGCUUCUGUUUAAUUUUGUUUAAUCCCGUGGUGUUUGAAUGAUAUUGGAAAGCGUAUCCAAAAUACCAAAGGUGAUGAUUGCAAACCUACAUUUAAAGCUUUAAAUUUUUCGUUUAAAAGAGAACUUUAUAAUAAGCGAAUUUCCAAAAUUAAUAUUCGCAAUAAAUCAAGUUGAUGACGCGUCUGCCCAUUGAAUGACUAAAACGCGUAAAAUUAUCCAUAACUUCAACUUUUAUUCAAAUUUUGUCCAAACGUUAUAGACAACUUUCAAUGGACAGCAAUGAAAUUCAGUGAUUUUGUAGCCUGUUACACUGAUCAAUUUUAGCUCUGAAAAUUUUAAUGGAAGUAAAUCUAUCUACGAAUUUUGAUAUUAUCACUUCUUUUCGUAAAAGUCGCCUUACAAAUUGCAAAAAGAGCUCAGUAUUGUACAUUACCGUGAUGAAUAUCUAGCCGAUGUUUUGAAAACCAACCUAUCGAAAAUUGCAGUCAUUUGUGUGAAAUGGCGUCAAAAGGCAGGUUUUGGGGGCUUGAUAAGCUGCAAACGUGAUCACAAUACUAACAAAGGAAAAAGAAAGAGCGACGAGGAAGAAAGAAGAAGAAUAGAAAAAAAGCAGUGGUUGCAGUCUUAGUUUUUGUAAUGGCUGCUGUGGUUUUUUGCCAGAUAAAAACCGUUGGACACAAAAAGGUCCAUUUGGCGGUAACGUUUUCAAAAAUCCGGCUAGAUAUACAUUUUGUUAUUCGAAAUCGCGCAUGUGUAGCUCUCUCGAGUGUUUUGGUGAAUGUUAAAGAGACAUUUUUUUAACGAAUAAGUUGUAAAAUCGUUCCAGAAAUCUAGUAAGUAACCUACAGUAUCUUUACUGAUUCCUAAAAUAUAGAUUUGUGUGAAACUUCGCAAAGCAGAAGACAGGCACCCAAAGUAUACGUAGCGUAGUGCAUUCCCAGGGGAAAUACGACUUAGGACUGAAAUUCAAUGAGGAGCAAAAACAAUUGUGACGUCAUUGUCAAGUUAUAUUCAUUCGGAUCGCGAAAAAGAUAACAUAGUAAAGUUCAGUCUCUGUGUCAUUCAUGUGUUAUAAUGGAUUUACAGUAAAGACCAAGCUGUUAACGUAAACGCUGUUCCUUUUUCUUGUUCUUAAGAAAAAUUGGAAGUCUAAUAGAAAAGGUUUUUACUCAAGUAAGGAAAUGUGGAUCACUGAAAUGUAAUCUAGCUUUCUUCGUCUAAGCACUUUGUUUUUCUUCCUACUUUCCCCCUUAGAAAUUUCCGAUUUUGAAGCCGAUAUCGCCUUUUUCAGUGAGCGACACGAUCCAGAAACGAGAGAGUGGCUCUUUGGAGAUAUUAACAAGUGGUUCCAUGCUCCUGGUGACUCCAGAGCUUAUGUUCUCCUGGGUGAUGCGGGAGUUGGCAAAAGUGUAAUAGCAGGAGCCCUGGCAAAGCGGGCACUGGAUGCUGGGUACUUAGGCGCUGCUUUCUUUUGUCGUCACAAUGACGAGACAAGAAAUGAUCCCAGAUGUCUUUUAGGUACUAUAGCUUGCCAACUUUGUAAAUGUAGUGUUCAAUACAGUAAUAUAGUGGGAGGGGAGGGUGGUGUAAGAAUGACAUUAGCCAAUAGUAAGUUAAGUAUUGGUGGGUUGUUUACGAAACUGUUACAAGAACCUUUAGGUAAGUGCACGCCUUGUGAACAAAGAAAGUUAGUCAUUAUUGACGCUCUAGAUGAGACAGAGUACAAGUCCAGGGACGAUUUUCUAGAUCUGGUUAUGCACCGUUUUCCCCGGCUUCCAAAGUGGCUUUUGUUUUUUAUCACCAGUCGCCCUGAAGAUACCGUGCAGUUCACUCUGAAAAAUUAUAACCCUUGCGUUAAAAUAUGCGCUGGAUACGGCAAACAUCUUAAUGUUUAUCAGCAGCACGAGCAGGACAUAAAGCAAUUUUUGGAGAAAAGAGUCGAUUUUUCCUGUCUCCCAUGCACAGUUGAAAUCGUAACAAAGAAGUGCAGUGGGUUGUUCUUGUACGCGUUCUACAUGGUAGAAGUGUUAAAUAAUUUAGCAUGUUCAGGUAACAUUGGUGAACUGACUGAACUUUUCCCAGGGGAUAUUGAUGAUUUUUUUUAUGUAAAUUUCAAGCGCAUUUUUGAUAAAGUGGGAGCAGAUCUGUUCAGAACUUUGUUCGGUUGUGUUGCAGCUUCUCCUUCUCCUCUUCCGCGGUCAUUUAUUUCAUUCCUUGUAAAGAGGGAAAAAUCAAACCUGGACGAACAAGAAGUUAUUGACACCGUUUCAAUAUUUUUGGUACUCCGAGCUUCUGAUCUGACCUUUGCCUUUCUUCACAACUUAAUCCAAUCCUGGCUGACCGACAGGAACAAAGCUCGACGAUUUUUUGUCGACACUACCAAAGCAGGUGAGUGCUUAAAAAAUAUUGUUCUCGAAUUUCUUCCCUCUGUAAUGGACUUCUCAUCCGCGAAGAAACAUCCGUCUGUCGAAAAAGAUUUUCUGGACUAUGUCUUGCAUGUUGGCGUUCGUGUUUUGUGUGGUUACGAUGACGCAUGUUCGAUGAAGAUCGUUUACAACUGCAUGACCAGCUACCAUUUUAUCCAGCAGAGAAUACAGAAAAGCCGGAUUGGCGUUUAUUCUGUGAUUGGUGAUCUCAAGCUUUCUGCUUGCUCACAGACUCUUGAUGAUACUGAAAAGGAAAUUCUGCAAGGAGUUUGCAGAGCGCUGGAAAGACAUACCCAUACUCUUCUGGAAUGUCCACAUCUUCUUCCUUCCUGCCUGCAAAUGGUGUCCAAAGCUGUCAAAUUAAACAUGACAAUUCCCGAUGGAGUGUCCACCACUUGGAUGGAGUGGAGUUGGCUUCCUUUCCCUGCUCCUAAAGCCACUGGUAACAAGGUCAGGAGUUGCUUCGCUUUUUCUCCUGAUAGGAAGUUUUUAGCGGAAGUCAAAAACGGAUGCAUCUCGUUGUACAAUUCAUGCUCCCUUGAAAGGUUGCUUGGCCCAGUCAAAACAGAAGAAUUGGUAGACGUAAAACGUCUGAUAUUUUCUUCCUGUGGUAAUUUUGUCUUAUUUGGAAAAUUUGAUAGAGUGUUCUCAGUAAAACGAGGAAUUAUUGAAACAUAUUUCCCAUCACAAACAGUUCAUCUUUCAUCUGAAUGGUUUUCGUUUACCCAUGAUCGACAACACAUCGUGGUGAAGUGUAAGAGUUUACUUACUCCCAAGUGCUGGUUGUGCCUUUUAAAUCACCUUUGUUUGUGGGCCAAAUUGGAAAUUGUACAGAGCCGGGAAAGAGAACCCUUAUGUCGAUGUUUUCCUGACAAGCUGAAAGUGACAAGAAAAUAUUCCCAAUUAGCAGCCUAUCAAGGUUCGCGCAUUACAGCAAUGAGGUCAUUGUUAGAUCUCCUCAGCGAAAUGAAGCAGGAAGAAUGGUGUUCACUUUUACAAAAGGUACGACUUACUAGAGGAGAUGGAACGUUUCUGGUUUCAAGUUGUAAGAGCUGUAAAACAGCAAAAGACUAUAAAGCAUUAACCUUGGAAGAAGUUCGUCAGUUUGUUAUUGACCACUACUCUGAGGUAUUUAAAUAUCAAGUUUUUGAUAUGCAAACGGGUAAACCUGUGCUUAAUCUAUCCUCAUCUUCCGGCCGUGUCGAGGUGAGCCCCUUUAUUCAUUUUUUUCACCUGAGCACAGCAUUUGAGGUAUGUGGCACACUUUUUACCGGCACGGGUAAAGCUUUGUCACUCUCCAAUAUUGCGUUACUAAGCACUAUUUGUCAUCACCUUCUCUUCUGUAAAGUAAGUAAAUUGGUAGAAUUCUAUGUUUUUUAUCCUUUCCUGCCCCCACGUAGUCCAUUCAAAUGGUAUCGGCCUGGUCCUGAUGGAAUAGUUAGCUUUAAUGUGGAUAAAGGUAGCGUCGUUAGCCAGAACGUGGCACGUGUCAUUAAAGACGUCAAACACUAUGCUCGCGUGGAGGACGAUAUAGUUCUUUAUGAGACUCAUGAGUUCCUUCGAUGUGCCCUCUGUCUCCAGACCGGCACCACUACUGUUCUGGACAGCUUCCACGCCUACAUGAGGUUAUCGGACCUUGAACAGAAUCUAGUUGAACCUCGCACCUGCGCCUUCUCCGUCGGUGAAACUAUUGAAGAGAGAAGAGAAAGAGAGAGAAAGCCUCAGCCUCAGCCUCAUCGACUUAUACAUUUACCGACUUAUCUAACGAUGACACUUAUGAAGCAAUAGAAAGGGCUUCAGUCUUGUCAACAGUUUCACCUAUAGUAGCGUUCGAACUGUCAAAUCUCCCUGAUGAAGGCAAAAAAGUGUUUUUCUGUGACAGUAUACCUUGCUUAUCACCACCAGGAGUGAUAUGGGUGGCCAAACCGUUUGUUAACGAUGCUGAGACUGGGGUCUUCUUGUUUCGUGUAAUACAUCCAUAUCAGCAGCAACAUUCCAACAACCCAGAAUACGUCAUAAAGGAGGUCGCCCAAUUCGGUUUCACAAAUGACCACUCAUUUUUCUCGUACUUAAGUGUUCACGACACACUUCACGCUUUCUCCCUCCAAUCGGGCACCAUUCUGCAAAGCGUCUCAGGAGUUAGCCCGUUAUUCUUCAAUUUUGAAGGGCAAGCUGGCUAUCAUUUUCAGGCCGAUGACGAAGGUAAAACUCUGCUUUUGCAAGACUUCCCUUGAGAUUUUUUGAAACAUUUUCUUAUUCCAUCAGCGAGAAAACCAAUGCAAGCAAACUUUGUUUCAGAUGACACUUUCCUGGUCCUUUAUGUGGACUCAUCAGUUGCGUCAUUUCAGGCAACUGGUGAACGAUGUACUGACACUUUAUUUUCUCAACGUCUCUCAGGUUCGCUUGGCCCUUGGCAAGUGGAGAAAUGCGCAUUUUCUUCGGACGGAAAGCUUAUUGCCGCUCACCAUGGCAACAUGAUAACGUUACACGAUGCAAUCGGACAAGACGGUUGUCAGUUUCUAUGUUCCGUUUUUGAACCUGACUACGAAUUUAAAGUCUUUGAGCUUAUAUUCUCAGCUGACAAUGCCUUACUUCUUUUUUUUUUAUGGUGCUGUGUUCUUGUGGGACUUACUUGAGUGGAGAGCCAUUUCGUUUAUUAGAAUUCCACGGGAGGGUGACAACAUUUCUUUCAUGACCGUGUCCCCAAAAGAAAACAAAGUAGUUUUUUGUGCUUCGUUUGGAGGAUUCUUUCAAAUAAGUCUGAACGGAUUAAAAUCCGAGAUGUUGUCAUUAGAGAGGUUUCAACUGGAAGGAAUGAGGAAAGAACACAAUGUGUUAACCCUCACUGGAGCAGUUUGCCCCAAUGCUGAACAGAUUGCUGAGAACACGGACACUUCAAAAGUAGUGGAAGAGAUGGAUUUUAUGUGUCCUUCUGACAUCAGCGAAGACAGCGAUGGAGAUGAAUCAGAAAAUUCAGGGGCUGAUCAAUAAGGUUAAACAUCGCGUAUCCCAACAUGAAGUCGUGAGAGAACCAUAACGUCACCUGUGAGCUUUGUAAUACACAGGCUAACCAGUUAGUUUUAUAAUUGAAGUAGUUCAUAUCGCAGGAUAGAAAACAAUGAUCAAAGUCAAUCGGUAGAGUACAUAGGCUUUUUGGGCAAAUCAUACAUAUUGUAAGGAAAGAAGUUGAUGAUGAAAGCAAAUGAGACUUAGGAGAUCUACUACCACAAGAAAUGAAAUCAUAAAUCGUUCGUAAAGAACACUAGGUAAACGGCAAAUACAGGUCACAAAUGCUGCGAAUCGAUUACUGCAUAGGGAUAUUUCAGAUGCUAUUACUAGAAUUAGUUUAGUAAAUGGUUACAAAGUGAAAACCCGGCAACUAUAAUGUUAAGUGUAAACUGAUAUACUUAAUUACACCCCACAUCAUACACAACUCAAACCAGACAGAAAAACAUUUUAAUAGUGAUCAACCUCACCUGAUGAGCAGCUCCUGAAAGGCAGCAAAUGAGGUCAGAAACGCCCUUUGCUUUAAAUGCCUGUAUGAACGUUCAAAAACACCGCCAUCUGUGAAUUCUGUUUAUGUGACGCUUUCCUCAAAAACAAAUAAAUAAAUAAAUAAACAAAGGCAUCAAACUAGCUUUGAACAACAAAAGAGUCUUGAUAGCAGCUGUGUUUCAUGGUGUGACGGCAUUCAAAAGACAAAAAUAUUCAGUUUAAAACUGAAAAUCACACAAAGUUUCAGUUGUCGGUGAUGAAACUUCAAGAUGCUGCAUAAGUGUUUCCGUGUGUCAAAACUUUGGCCAGUCUGAGACUAGAUUGAUCUUGGAGCGUGACCAAGCUAAAAGCAAAGCCUUAAAAAUAGAACUUCAAAUUAAGAAAAAAAGCUUCAAGAUUUUGACUGGAACAUACUCCAGUGGCUCCCCUUAGGUGAACAGGUUAACUUUUUGCCAAGACAAACGCAAGCUGUUGUCUUGGUUUCCCUCAUCCCUUUCCCGCGAUCUACUCUGUCCCUUCCUGACAGUCUGUACGGGCGGAAGGGCGUGCGGUGACGUCUUAUCCAAAUUUUCUCGCAUCAAUAGAUUUCCAAUUUCUAUAGCAAUGGAGGCUUCGCCAUUAAAAUGAAUCUCUGCAUAACGACUUGCAUUUCCAGAUCCGUUGCCCUUUGACUUAAACUGUCUCGUAAUGAUAAUUUUAUUUCUUAAAAAAUAUUAAAAUAAAUAAAUAAAUCGUAAGUGAACGUAAAAUGUGAUAGCCCAUAGCUGACUUUAUUUGCCUAUCUGUGACAGUGUGCGUUAGAAUUGCAACUGAGAAAGAUGACUCAUGAAAUUAGAGAACGAGUUCAUAGUUUGUUAGCUCAAAAUUGAGUUGCAUUUCUGAAUAAUAGUCUGAGUUUGAUUAUGGCCUUGCCAGAAAGGUAAAAAUCGUAAAGCAACAAUCCGCUAGUCUAAAAUUAAAGUAGUUUUGAGAUUUUGUAGAGCGUUUUAACCUUACUUUAUUUACUUUGAUUUUACGACGUGCAAUCAAUUUGACAGUUUAUUCUUUGACAUUUUCGUACAGGGUGGUUACGUGCUCCUCAAAGGACUGCGUGAGCCCGAGCGUUUCGUUAACGUCUUGGGUCAUUUCUCUAACGUUCUAUAUCCGAUUUGAAAAAGACACCAUUCGAUAAAGCGUUUGCGAAACGACCUAGAACGUUAGCGCCGUAGAAUGAUUGCUACUCGUCUUUACCCUCUGUCUCCCUGAGUGAAUGAUGAAGUCUUGUGCAGUAUUAAAGGUCAUUCUAACUUUUGAAUAUAUCGACCAAAUUCAGCGGUGUGACCAUUCAAAUAAUUGAAAUGAAAACUCUUUGACUGAGUACUUUCAUAUGAAACCUUUUGCUAUUCAUCUUUUCCAAAAAGAAAUUUUGUGGAAUAUUUACUUUUGCCACAUUUGUGAAUGAGAGGGUUAAAAGGGGACCUCCACUGUUAUAUCAAUGUGACCGGAACUCUGUUCUAAAGAAGAUGGAACUUCCAGUAGUUAAAGUAAAUACCAUAAGGAAAAAAUGGCCUGUUUUUGCUAUAAAAUUUCCCGCGCGACACAUGAUUUUGUAAUUUUUUAACACAUUUUGCUCUGGCCAUUGGAGAGCUUAAGUAACGACAACGGCGACGGCAACGAGAACGGCAAAAAAACAUAAUAAGUUAAACAAGCAAAUCAAUAAUGUUGCACGUGCAUUUCUUUGCCCGUCGUUGCAUUUUGGUUCCGGCCGCUGUUGCAUACCAAAAAUCCAAUUUUUAAAUUCUCCAUUCCCUUUAUAGGAAAAAAAAGAGUUGAAAUUAAGUAUUCAUUUAUACAGUUGUAAGUUAAAGUCAAAUUUUUACUACAGUUGAGGUUCCCUUUAACUGAAUAAUGUUAAAACCUCAAAUUCCGUUUUUGUUCCUCCUCUGAAGGUGCGAUAUUUGGUUAAAUAGGAAAAAAAAAAGCUGAAAGUGACUGUUGUGUAAACUAUAUUUUUCUAAUUGAGAUACAUAAUGUUAGUUUGUAAGAACGUCUGGCUUGCCAGUUAUCUACGAAUAAAAUAAAAGUUAAAGUUUCUUGUUGUUGUUAUGUCUUAAUUGUAAGUGACAAUGUUUUUUCAGUUUUGUUUUAGUUUGUUUGUUUGUUUUCUAAUCUAAAAAUAUACCGCAUUUUCUUGACUCUAGAAUUUAUAACCCACGUACUAAACGACACCGGUACAUUAAUUUUUUAUUUUUAUUUUUGUAUCUCACUUUUGCAACGUUGAGGUUACUUCUCCUGCAGUUUUAUCAGUGGCUUGUCCAUUAGCGCCUAGAAAAUCGCCACUUAGGCCCGUUUCAAACGUUGUGCUACUGCCGUGCCGAACUCAGUUGAUCGAAUUAAAUUCGACUUUAACACGGCAGUAGCGCGACGUUUGAAACCAAGUCGUGCUAUUGCCUUGUAGCACGGCAAGCCUUGCCGUGCUACACGGCAGUAGCUCGACCUUGGUUUCAAACGUCGUGCUACCGCCGUGCCGAACUCAAUUCAUAAAUUAUAAAUAUAUUAGAAUAUAUUCAAAAGUUUGCCAAACCGUUUCUUUAUUUUUGUGUUUUGUUUUUGGCAACAGCAGUUCCAUUCGACUGUCAUUGUGUGAAUUAAAUUCGACGACCUGAAACCAAGUCGUGCUAGUGUCGUCAUGCAGUCGAACUACAGUCGAGCCAGCUUAGCACGGCAGUAGCACGACGUUUGAAACAGGCCUUAGAUUUAACCAUGUUUGAGUUAAGAACACACGCACUAUGGCAGUUCAAUGUGAAAUUUCAGACGGCAAUUGCCUUAAGAUUACAGCCAUUAUCAGUAAUGUGGGUGGUUUGUCAUAACUGUCUGGAGCUUGCAUCCCUUAAAAGCCACUUUUUCAUGGACGUUUACAAAAUAUGGACCACCUUUGUGGACUUAGUCCAUGGACCUCUUCGUGGAUCCGGUCCAUGGACUAUACCCCCGUGGAUCACCCCUAAUUUUUGAAGAUGAACUUUUCCAGAGGUCUAAACGUAUUUUAGGAACCUUAAUUUGAAGAAAAUGUGUUAAUUUAUAUUAUCACUAUUAAAGGAUUUAUUAUCUAUUUUUGUACAAUAUUAUUGUUAUUAUUAUUUUUUUUACAAUUGUAAGUAGCUAUAUUAUUUUACGAUGUUAAGUAGCUUUGUAAUUCAGCCUUAAAUGAACAAUGAGUUUCUUUAAAUAAAAAGUCAAUACUCUGGCUCACAUUUUUCCUACAUUCCAUACAUGGGUUCAGUUUAGUCUAGAAGGAGAAACAAUAUUUGAAGGGGACAUAAGGAGAGGCAGGGAGGAAGUAUUCACUUACGCAGCUUUUUUUGUGUGCCGUUUCGUUGCGUGAUGAUAGACACACCACAAUGACUGUUUAGGAGACUACAUGUAGUGAGGAAGAGGAACUGCAUUAUGAUUGAGAACCCACUCCAAACUUCCCUUCCCUCAAAGCCCUUGGAAAUGUUUAUUGGUUGGCAAACUUAUUGAAUCCUGCUCACGAAUCAAGCACAAAAUCAGGAUCUGCAUAUUAUCAAACAAUGUGGUUGGUCAGACGCCUUACAAGUUUGCGAACACUUAUUACAGGUUGGUUCAUGUAAAUUGCCAUUCAUUCAAGUCGAGAUUGCUGUCGUACAAACACAUUUACAUUAAAGGAGCUGUGUCACGAAAUUCAGCCAAAUUAGGUAAUUACAAAAUGCCCGUUAAGUUAAGAGAAACGUUAAAAUAACCUCAUAAAAGAGGAAGGUUAAAAUAUCAUAACAGAUACAACAGAUGCCAUGGAUGAGCAAAACUGAAGAAGAUUGAAACGGAUUGAAAUUAGGGUUUUUGAAAACUGUUCAGCCUAACAGUUUUUCAAAGUUGAUCUCCGCUGUUUGCAACUUCAAAACAAUGCUUAGGAGACAUAUUUGUUUGUCUCGAAUCUCUGCUCGUGUCAUUUACAAGUAAUUUCUUUGCUUACCGUACUUUAAGUUCCAUAGCGAUUGAGGGCGAUUAACUGGCAAAAUUAAACAAAAUGAACUGGACUGCCGUGACACAGCCCCUUUAAGCUUCCUCAGUAGUCUUAUACGCAGCCGUUUUGGUUUCAAUUUUCACGCAACACGAAGACAAAAAAAAGGAGCUGUGCGGGAGAAUACUGCCUCCCUACCACUCCUCCUGUCCCCCUUCAAUUAUGGUUACUCCUUCAUGAGUUAUGCUCCCGUGGAGGAGGAUGUAGUUCUUUAUGUGACUCCUCAUGAGUUCCGUCUAUGUGCCCUCUGUCUCCAGACAGGCACCACUACUGUUGUAGACAGCUUCCACCACCACAUAAGGUUAUUGGACACGCUCGUCUUAUCUGACGAUGACACUCUUGAAGAGGUAAGAGAGAAAGAGUGAGCCUCAUCGACUUAUACAUUUACCGACUUAUCCAACGAUGACACUUAUGAAGCAAUAGAAAGGGCUUCACUCUUGUCGACAGUUUCACCUAUAACAGCGUCCGAACUGGAAAAUCUCCCUGAUGAAGGCAGAAAAGUGUUUUUCUCUGACAGUAUACCUUGCUUAUCACCACCAGGAGUGAUAUGGGUGGCCAAACCGUUUGUUAAAGAUGUGGUCUACUUGUUUCGUGUACUACAUCCAUAUCAGCAGCAACAUUCAACAACCCAGAAUACGUCAUCAAGGAGGUCGCCCAAUUCAGUUUCACAAAUGACCACUCAUUUUUUCUUGUACUUAAGUGUUCACAACACACUUCACGCUUUCUCCCUCCAAUCGGGAACCAUUCUGCAAAGCGUCUCAGGAGUUAGCCCGUUAUUCUUCAGUUCUGAAGGGCAAGCUGGCUAUCAUUUUCAGGCCGAUGACGAGGGUAAAACUUUGCUUUUGCGAAACUUCCCUUGUGAUUUUUUGAAACAUUUUCUUAUUCCAUCAUCGAGAAAACCAAUGCAAGCAAACUUUGUUUCAGAUGACACUUUCCUGGUUCUUUAUGUGGACUCAUCAGUUGCGUUGUUUCAAGGAGCUGGUGAUCGAUGUACUGACACUUUAUUUUUUCAAGGUUUCUCAGGUUCGCUUGGCACUUGGCAAGUGGAGAAAUGCGCAUUUUCUUCGGACGGAAAGCUAAUUGCCGCUCACCAUGGCAGCAUGAUAACGUUGCACGAUACAAUCGGACAAGACGGUUGUCAGUUUGUAUGUUCCGUUUUUGAAGCUGACUACGAAUUUAAAGUCGUUGAGCUUAUAUUCUCAGCUGACAAUGCCUUACUUCUUUUUUGUAUCCUACGGGACAGGAAUUGGCCCUUCGCGUUUGUUUGGGACGUAAGGAAGAAAGUAGAACCACAGUCAUUUGACCCACCAGGGCUUCUUUCUGAGAAUUUCUGCUGCUGUUUUACAGUUGAUAACAAAAUAGUGUUGUGCACUGAGCUCUAUAUUGAGAUAUGGGAUCAGGCAGCAAGUCCAUGUCAUUUAUUAACAAGACUAGCUCUCGAUGUGCUUUACAACGAGAAUGACAAGAUUACCUUUUGUACCGUUUCACCGAACAAUGAUCUACUGGCUUGUUGCGUUGUGGAUCGAAUCCUACUCUACUCGCUUAACAAUCCUACCAAUCAGCCCUAUUUGAACGAGCUACCUCGUGCCCAUUUAGGCAAAAUCGAGUUUUGUCGGUUUUGAAUGGGAAUCGCUACAUCAUAUCAUAUGGUAUUGAUGGUGCUGUGUUCUUGUGGGACUUACUUGAGCGGAGAGCCAUUUCGUUU